AUGUACCCCCCCGAAGAGCUCUGGAACUCCACCGAGCACGUCUGGCUCAACGGCUCCCAGGUGAACUUCUCCCUGGGAAGACGCAGCAGCGACGGCGAGGAGGAGAGCGGGGAGCAGCACCCCUUCCUCACAGACGCCUGGCUGGUCCCGCUCUUGUUCUCCCUCAUCAUGCUGGUUGGACUGGUGGGCAAUUCGCUGGUCAUUUAUGUCGUUUCCAAACACAGGCAGAUGAGGACGGCGACUAAUUUCUACAUCGCGAACCUGGCCGCCACCGACAUCAUCUUCCUGGUGUGCUGCGUCCCCUUCACCGCCACACUCUACCCCCUCCCCGGGUGGAUCUUUGGCAACUUCAUGUGCAAGUUUGUCGCCUUUCUUCAGCAGGUGACUGUCCAAGCCACUUGCAUCACUCUGACUGCUAUGAGUGGAGACCGCUGCUAUGUCACCGUCUACCCUCUGAAAUCUCUCCGCCACCGCACCCCGAGAGUGGCCAUGAUCGUCAGCGUCUGCAUUUGGAUCGGCUCCUUCGUCCUGUCCACCCCGAUUUUAAUGUACCAGCGCAUAGAGGAGGGCUACUGGUACGGUCCGAGACAAUACUGCAUGGAGAGAUUUCCCUCUAAAACGCAGGAGCGGGCUUUCAUCCUCUACCAGUUUAUCGCCGCCUACCUGCUGCCCGUCCUGACUAUCUCCUUCUGCUACACUCUGAUGGUGAAGCGGGUGGGUCAGCCCACCGUGGAACCUGUCGACAACAACUAUCAGGUCAACCUGCUGUCGGAGAGAACUAUAAGCAUCAGAAGCAAAGUCUCCAAGAUGGUGGUUGUGAUUGUCUUCCUCUUCGCCAUCUGCUGGGGACCCAUCCAGAUCUUCGUCCUCUUUCAGUCGUUCCAUCCGAACUACCGGCCAAACUACGUCACGUACAAGAUCAAGACGUGGGCCAACUGCAUGUCCUACGCCAACUCCUCAGUCAACCCCAUUGUUUACGGAUUCAUGGGAGCCAGCUUCCAAAAGUCCUUCAGGAAGACCUUUCCCUUCCUGUUCAAGCACAAAGUCAGAGAUAGCAGCAUGGCGUCAAGGACUGCCAACGCCGAGAUCAAGUUCGUCGCGGCGGAGGAAGGCAUCAACAACAACUGAGCGAAUUAAAAAGGACAAUGGGAUGAAUGAGCCAGCGCUGCGAGAAGAAAAAUAACAGUCACAAUAAGCGCCAGCCUUUGGUUCACUGUGCGAGGGGACUUCAUGGAGCAACUGGCUGAUUUCAAAGGGAUUAUCAGUGAGAUGUUUAGACACAUUUCAUUUGUGUCGAUGAAUACAAACCGAUUUGGGAAACACAGACGUCUAAUAUGGUUUGGCACAAUAUGUUUGCAUUUCCACCGCCAAGGCCGGCCUGCGUUGGCACAGCGUGUCAUCCGCCGAGCUGCCAAGUGACGAAAUACAGCCGAUCGCGUCUUAUUUGGACAGCUGAUGGCUAAAGAAUAUACAAACACUGGAUGUACAUUUUGAUCGGAUAAUUAAUAAUCUAGAAUAGAUACUUAUUUAUCUAUUUUUGAAAUGUCCCCAUCAGAAA